AUGGAGCUGGUUAAUAGGACAGAGGCCUCUGAGUUCGUUCUGGAAGGAUUCUCUGGCUACCCAGCCCUAGCGCGCCUGCUCUUCCCUCUGUGCUUGGCCAUGUACCUGGUGACUCUGCUGGGGAACACAGCCAUCAUCGCGGUGAGCGUGUUGGACCCCCGCCUGCACACGCCAAUGUACUUCUUCUUGGGCAAUCUCUCCAUCCUGGACAUCUGCUACACGUCCACCUUUGUGCCUCUGAUGCUGGUCCACCUCCUGUCAGCCUGGAGAACCAUCUCUUUUAUUGGCUGUGCAAUCCAGAUGUGCCUGAGCCUGGCCACAGGCUCCACAGAAUGUCUGCUGCUCGCCAUCAUGGCCUACGACCGCUACCUGGCCAUUUGCCGGCCUCUCAGGUACCCGGUGCUCAUGAGCCACCGGCUGUGCUUGUUGCUGGCAGGAGCCGCCUGGGUCCUCUGUCUCUUCAAGUCAGUGACUGAGACAGUCAUCGCCAUGAGGCUGCCCUUCUGUGGCCACCACGUGGUCAGUCACUUCACCUGUGAGAUCCUGGCAGUGCUGAAGCUGGCAUGCGGUGACACAUCCAUCAGUGAGGACUUCCUGCUGGUGGGCGCCAUCUUGCUGCUGCCUGUGCCCCUGACGUUCAUCUGCCUGUCUUACACGCUUAUCCUGGCCACCAUCCUGAGGGUGCCCUCGGCUGCCGCGCGCCGCAAGGCCUUCUCCACCUGCUCGGCACACCUGGCGGUGGUGCUGCUUUUCUAUGGCACUAUCAUCUUCAUGUACAUGACACCCAAGAGCAAGGAGGCCCGCGUCUCUGAUGAGGUCUUCACAGUCCUCUACGCCGUGGUCACACCCAUGCUGAACCCUGUCAUCUACAGCCUGAGGAACAAGGAGGUGAAGGAGGCUGCUAGGAAGGUGUGGGGCAGGAGAAGGGCCUCCAAGUGA